UAGAACAACGUGGAAGCAACUGGGAACGAGAACAACUCAGCCACGAAGCUGUUAUAGUUGCAAAGGGUGGACCCACAUCAUACUGUAUAUUUGCUGUAGCAGGACCAGAAGUGGAAGCUAAACUCCAAUCGGGAGAUCAGCAGACUGUCGGGGCAGAUCAGACGCCUCUAUGGCUCAAACAAAAAGGCGUCUCAACCAUUUCACCUGUUUCUGACAAACCUGAGAGAGGACAGCCGCCUGUACAGAGAGUGUGUCCGAAUGAACGAUGGUUUCCUCAACUACUCUAUGGACAUAACAGAGGAAAGCUGUUUGGAUCUUUUCCCACCAGAGACAAUUGUUUACCUCACACCAGAUGCUGAACAAGCCUUACAGUGUGUGGACCCUGACAAAGUUUAUGUUCUUGGUGGACUUGUGGAUGAAAGCAUUCAAAAGAAGUUGAGCUUGGGCAGGGCCAGUGAGUUGAGUGUUCUCACAGCCAGACUCCCAAUAGACGAAUACAUGAUCAAGAAAAACAACUCAAAAAACUUUCACUCUAAAAUACUGGCUAUUAACCAGAUUUUCGACAUCUUAUUGACUUUCUGUGACACUGGCAGCUGGACAGAGGCCUUCAGAUUGUGGUUUCCUUUAGGGAAGGGGUACACCGUUGAUCCAGAUAUUACAAAAUCUCAAAGUUAGUGUGAGAUUAUAUCCUCUCUUUCACAUUUAAUUGAUUGAUUGGUGCGCUCUGUAACUUGAACUUGACAAUGUUAU